AUUCUCUUCUGAUGACUGGAUACAUUAUGAUGACGUUUUUGGAGAAGUACUUAUACCUAUCAAGACACUAAAAUUGCGUUAUGAACUUAACUCAUACAACAUACAUUUUGAGCAUCCUCCUGAGUAUUUGGCUUCGUGACACACAAGCUUGUCCAGCCGUGCGAUUUCAAAGAAAGCUGAUUGGCUCAAUCGCAAGUGGUUUUUUUCUAACUGCAAGAGGGUAAUAUAUUUGUUACAGAGCCUCACAAUCAACAGUUCCUACAGCAACACAUCAGGACUUGGACUAAACAGAAAAACAGAGUCUAUGGCUGUGCCGGGGAACUCACUACGGAUACUGCUUCUCGGUGCGUAUUUUGCGCUGACGGUCGGAGCGGACUGCGAGAAGGACUGUGCGCUCUGCCUCAGCCGUCUACGGGGGCAUCAGACGGCGAUUACCACUCUGACAUGCUCAAUAGAAUGUGAGGGCAGCCUGGACACCACGAAGCUCCGCCUCUGCCGAGACGUCCUAUUAGAGGAGGAGCGCGUUGUAGUAGAUGACGUCAAACAGGAAGAGGUGCAGGGCCAGCAGCACCAACUGGCCAAGAAGUAUGGCGGCUUCAUGAAGCGCUACGGGGGGUUCAUGAUCAGGAGGCGCUCACCCGUAGAGGAGGGGCGAGUGCAGGGAGGAGAGAACAGCCCUGUGGCUGAGGAAGAGGACAUCCGUCUGGAGAUCCUGAAGAUUCUGAAUGCAGAGGCUGAGGACCAGAGGGAUGGAGAAGUGGCCAAGCGCUAUGGGGGGUUCAUGAGAAGAGGGGGGGACUUGGGGGGCCUGGAGGGGGUGGGCAGGCCAUUGAAGAAGCGCUACGGGGGCUUCAUGAGGAGGGUGGGAAGGCCUGAGUGGCUGGAGGAUCAGAAGAACCAGGGGGGUCUCCUGAAACGCUCCUGGGAGGGGGGGCGGGGUGACUCCCCCCUGGCUGAAAUACAGAAGAGAUAUGGAGGAUUCAUGGACUAGGGGUCGGCCCCUCCUCCAACCUCUCCUGAGUCUGGACUCUCAAUGUUGAUUAGAUUAUCCAUUCUUGUUCCGUUGUAAAGCUUCACUGUCAUGCUUUUUGUUUGAUUGGGUUUAAUGUGACAAAAAAAGAGUACUGUAUGUUUUAUGGUUUUGGUUAUUUAUAAAAUAACCUGUGUUCAUUGUGGUGUACGAGGCUGGGGCAUGUGUGGAAAACCAAUCGUGGCAUGACCUGUUUGUUUUCUUUCCCUUUGUCUUGCCACUGGUUUUUAAAGGGAUAGUUCACUUUUUUUAAAUGUUAGUCGAGUUUCCACUUAAAAACUGUCAUCCAAACUAUUUUUAAGUUUGUUAGUUGGUUAUUUAGUAAUGGCCAGAAUCUCCUGGCGAGGUAAAAUUAAAAUAAGCUACAGCUUCAAAAAAGUUAAUUAUCGCUUUAAGUGGCCAUAGAACAUUUUCUGAAGCUUCCAUUUCCACCACAAAGUCUCACAAAAGGCUGUAACUAUGGGGGAGUAGGCUAUUGUGGCCUUUCCAUUGGUGGUUUGGUCUUUGGAACUGAAGGGCCCAUCAAUGUUAUCUGCUUUGUUGUUGGAACAUGGAGGUACCCUACUCUAAGUACUGCUAUACCAGUGUGUUGUAGUUAUCCAUCUAAUGGCAGUGUGUCGGUCGCUUUUCAUUGUUAUUAUAAUAACCAUGUUGCUCUUUCCACCGUGCUCACACUUAUCCCAGUAUGCUGAUGUUGAAACAUGUUGCUUUCAGUCGAUAAAUGCCCUCAUUUUUUCUUCUUUCCAUUGAGAACAGAGCAGCAUUUCAGACCAAUUAGUUGUACAAAACAUAAUAAACCCAUGUAUCCUGCAAAAAUAA